GCUCACCAUAGACGGCAAACCCUUUACGCUAAACCGUCGCAUCAAGGAUGCCUGCUACUGGGAGUGCGUCAAGUUGCGUUGCAAAUACAUCAAGUGUACAGCGCGUGUGAUGGCGAUGGUGUGUACCAGCUGGUGGCCAAUCGGCGCGGUGGCCAGAACCUGAUCUACAAGGGUCACAUGUACUCAGUGGAGCGCAAGUACCACGCCAGCAUCAAUUGGGUGUGUACCAAGAACAGCAAUCUCUUGACCCGUUGCCCCGCGCGCUGUGUGACUAACUCGAACGACAGUAGCAUCAAGCUAAGUCACAGAUCCCACAACCAUGCCGCCAAUCUGUUCAAGGUGCACAAGCCCAGGCAACUCACACGCGAGCGCCGACGGCACAGGCGAAGUGUACCUUAGUCUUAAUACUUAAUAUAAAUCUAAGCUCGUUAAGCCUGUAAUCUAUGUCUAAUCGAAAUCAUUCCGUUGCAUACAUCACUAACCAAGCCCGUCUCUAACUCUACUUGC